AGAACAGCCCUCAUUUACACCAAACACCUGCAUCUUGUUCCUUUGUCUUCAGAACUUUUUUGUCCUUCUGAAAUUCCCUUCCCUCAGUUCUUUUUUGUUUGUUCCAACAAGCUUUUUAUUUGUCCAGAUUACACAGCAUAGAGAUGGCAAAUGAUCAAAUGAAGCCAAUUGCUACUCUUCUUCUGGGUCUGAACUUCUGCAUGUAUGUCAUAGUUUUAGGCAUUGGUGGAUGGGCCAUGAAUAGAGCAAUAGAUCAUGGUUUUGUUAUAGGUUCAGGAUUCGAUCUUCCUGCACAUUUUUCGCCUAUAUACUUUCCUAUGGGAAAUGCUGCAACUGGAUUCUUUGUGACAUUUGCUUUGAUAGCUGGAGUUGUUGGAGUUGGAUCAUUGAUUUCAGGACUCAAUCAUAUCCGUUCAUGGACUUCAGAAAGCUUGCCAUCAGCAGCUUCUGUUGCUUCUAUUGCAUGGGCUCUUACACUUCUUGCCAUGGGCUUUGGCUGCAAAGAGAUUGAGCUUAAUGUCAGAAAUGCCCGUUUGAAAACAAUGGAGGCUUUUCUGAUUAUACUUUCAGCUACACAGCUUUUUUACAUAGCUGCUAUUCACGGUGCCGCUGCAAUAAGGAGAUAAAACUUGAAUGUUGAUUCAAUGUGUUGGUGUGAUUUUUUAUUCUCUUUUUACCUGGAAUGAUUCAUUUAUUUUUUGUCCAAAAAGUCUUCACAGUUGUAGAAUUGGCAGAUUGUGGUGUGUUUAUAAUAUUACAUGAUGAUUGGAUUUGUAUUGAUUAUAAAGAAGAAUAAGAUGUGUACAAAAAUACUGCAGAUUAUUAUCAUUUCUGUAUUAUAUUUUAUUUUCCACUUGUAACGCUGAUCCUUAUGUCUGUAUUUAGUUGUCUUAAAAACAUGUAAAAUGUAAUACAAGUUUUCUUUUUCUCACAA